AUGAAGAAUUUACCAUCCAUCGCUGUUGACUUAGUGCAUACUAUAAUGCUUGAUUAUAUAAAAAUAGAAACAAAAGGUUUAUCAAAAAUGAGCACAAAUCGCAUACGUCAAGCUUCUAUAGAGAAAGACGAAUGGGAUGCUCUACAAGCAUUUGAACAAAUUGCUUCAGAACAACAAAAAGCAUAUGCCAAAACCUUCUGUAAAUCAGCUAUGAAAUCGUAUCAAAGAAAGAAAAAGAAAUUUGAUAUGAUGACUGAACAUGUUCGAUUUGAUAUAAUACCGAAAAUCUUACCUAAAUGCGAGUUAAGUCUUCCUGUGGAUGAAACUUCACUUUCAAGUGAACAAGCCAAGGAAAAUAAAGACAGCAUAAAAAAACUAAACAGAGAUUUCCGUUUACAAACGAUGCAACUCUAUCUGAAAAUUACUAAAGAAGAAUUCGAAUUUCGUAAAGAUAAAUUCGACAAGCUUCUUGCAGAUUUUCCUGAAGAUAAGAUAGAGAUGCAAGAGAGCAAUGAAAUUCCACUGACGCAAAAAGCGUAUCACAAUGAUGAAGCAGAAGGAGUUUAUACUCAGAAAACUGCAGUACCCGCUCCUUCUCAAAUACCAUUAGAUACCGGCUCAGCGAUGCAGUUAAGAACAAAGCGUCAAAGAAACGCCCUUCGUAGUACAAGUAGUAAAGGAUGUCAAUCCUAUACUACGACAGGAUUUCAUGCUCCAAGCAUAAUUAACCAAUCUCGUAUUUAUCUAGAAAAAAACGAAGAGGCUCUGUUGAAACUUGGCCCUCGUUUUAUUCCUAAUAACCCGCUACUUGCAAAAAAACGUGUAACACACGAGGUAGAAGUGGUUGUUAAGAAAAUUCAAAAAAUCUUUUGCGAACAUGGAUGGAUUCUACCGAAAGAACGACUAAGAGAUUUUACCGGGUCACUGGAAAUGAUUCUAAAACAAUGUCAUAGUCAAUAUCCACCAGCAAAGCAAUUAACUACUGUCGAAAAUCUGAAAAGAAAAUUCAAUGCUACGGAAACAGUCAUACGUAAAACAGAUAAAUCGAAAGUGUUCCAUCUCGGUAACCUCGAUGACUAUAAACAAAAAGCCGAAAAACAUAUGAAUAAAACUAGAGCAUAUGAAAGUCUGGGUAAUAUAAAUCCACUUGAAUCUUUAGUUGAAAGAACAAAUAAUUUUCUUUAUGGUUUAUGGGGAAAUAAACAUAUAGAUCAGAAACAAUAUGAAAAAUUGAAAGUAGAUAAAGAACGAGCUGAACUAGCACAUCUUUAUUUUCUUCCAAAAGCGCAUAAACCAAUCACACCAUCGAUUCGCUUAUGA